AUGGGACUCCUCCCAAGUGAGGCUGCAACCAUGCUUACAGACCUGGAUGUUAAUCCUUAUGAGACGAACGCAGAAAAGUUACCCCCAUCCGACCGGUUUCUAGCUCGACAUCCUCACUAUGGCCGCUACCGUCCUAGCUCCAACGAUUUCGAACCGGACCCAAUUCACUGCAACUCUAAUGACGAUGAGUCACUUCGCUACUGGGAAGCAGUUCUAGCCAGGUGUGAUGAGAAAACGCGUAUCAACACUCUAGCAGCUGGUAAGAGAGACACUUUUGCAUUGGGGAGCGUGAUAGUGAAAAGUGACCACAAUUCUACGGAGCCAACUGGGGACUAUAGCGUCGCCGAUGAAAACGAAAUUUAUGCUAUUAAGAUAGCAGAGAAGAUUCUUCCAGAUAUACAGUUACCAGAGAUAUAUCUUAGAACUAAACUUAACGGUCGCGAUGUGCUUGUUCAGUCCCGCAUCCCUGGGGUUUCGUUGGAAGUUGCGUGGCCCUACCUCACCAGAAAACAAAAGGAAAACUUCAAGAAACAAGCACGAAAUAUAAUACAACGAAUUAAUAGCGUCAAUGAUGGUCGUAGCAGUCCGUCUUACGUUGUCAAGGGAAACAGGCCCAAGGAGGAACACCGGCUGCAACAGGCUGAAUACGACAUCCUUUUCGGUCCUGACUCCGAUUCGAAUCAGAACCUAUCUUUCACUAAUAAUAAUAUGGUUCCUGCCAAUAUCAUUGUAGAUAAAGAUACGAUUGUCGGGAUUAUUGGGUGGUAUAGCGCCGGUUACUUCGGUUGGGAUCGAGCCAAAAAUAUUCAUCAUAAAAUCCGAUGUCUUGACUCUGCCGAUGUCUCCUCUGACGGUGGUGUAUCGAUACCAGAUGCGUUUUGGCGUGACCUUUACGAUAUUUCAGUCGACCAUUCCGCCUCAAGAAACCUCGACUUGAAAUCCGAGAUCAAAAUUGAGCCUCCCAGUCUGAACCUAGAAUCUAUCCCUAACGGUUCAGCAGCUGAUAUCCCGGUGCUAACGAAGGAGCCAUGGACACCCAGGAAAAUAACAGACCUUAAAUGUGAAUCUAUGUCCCGUGCUUCCUCCACAGAACGCUCGUCCCCAGUGACAUCCGCCAAACCCCUGGACUCUAGCCCGGGUUCGAGUACGAAGAAAAGAGCUGUGUCAUCUACGAAAAAGGGAAAUCCUACUAGAAAGCCUGCCAUUAAAAAGCGCAAACUGAAUGAUACCGAAAGCGUUGAUGGUGCUGCUUCGCCACUUCGACGAUCAGCAACACCGAUAUCCUCGCGUGCAAGCAAGGCUCCUGUAAAAAAUCGAAAGCAGAGUUCGUUGUCCGUUGCCGGUUCUCCAGUGCCGGAAACUAAAAAGGCGAUAAAAGCUCCCGAAUCCCAGCAAGAUGUGGAUGGGGAUGACGUUUACGAGGAUGAAGAUUCAACGGAGCUGUUUUGUAUUUGUCGUAAACCUGACAAUCACACUUGGAUGAUUGGGUGUGAUGGCGGAUGCGAGGAUUGGUUUCAUGGGAAAUGUGUCAAGAUCAAUCAAACAGAUGCCGAUCUGAUUGAUAAAUAUAUUUCAAAAAAAGGAAUCCAUACGACUUGGAAACGAAUGUGUCGUCUCCCAGGUUGCAGACGACCAGCCAGAAUUUCAGGGGGGAUGGUUCCCAGCAAAUACUGUAGUGACGAACACGGUCGAGAGUUUAUGCGCCAAAAAGCUUCUCUCUCAAAACAAGGAUCAGCGGCUGGGGCUUCGCCUGCUGCAAACACGUCAGCUACUGACAGUCGUUCGCGAGGAUCAUCAGUAGUAGUUGGAAAACGCCGCCAAAAGGGAGUUCAUCGUGAUGAUACAGAACCAGAUGGAGUUCAGCCGGACCCUGGUGUAUCAAAUCCACGUGAUGAGGAUGAGGAGGAUGAGGAGGACGUUGAGGACGAAGCUGAGACGGAAAAUGGGCACACUGAAGACCUUGGUAGUAGAGGCGGGAUCCUUUCUAAGAAUGACCUCAAGGCUGUGGUCACAGGGGUGGCAUCUGCUCAAGAGUUUCGUGAACUGGGCGACAACAUCCUACCUCCUUCCGUGACCGAAAAACUAACACCAUCCUCUAGCAUUCCUUUGGAAGACUCAUCGUCUAAAUUCAGAACCAACACAGUGUCUCAGGAUGUUGAUCAAAUUGACUUUGAUCUCGAUGCUCAUCAGAUCCAAUUCACCGCCAACGAACGCCAACAUAUCGACAAUCUCCGGCAAAAACGAAGAGAGCUCCGCGGCCAGCUCGAAAUGCUCCAAGAUCGGGACACCUUCCUUACUCUGAUUCGCCAACGUGCAAAAACAAUCCUUGAGCACAUUCGCCAGACGGACCCAAAAACCAGCGCAUCCUCAUGGAAGGAUAUCUGCGGGUAUGACCGUCGCCUGGCAUGGUCUGAUGACGAGUUCGACGAGUGGAGAUUGUCAGAAGAAGGAAAGGAAGCCCUUCACUCUGGGGCCCUCAAAACUGCUGAUCCGGAACCUGAUGGCUUUGGGGACAUUGAGAUGCAAGAUGCGGAUAGGGACGAUAUGACUGUUGAUAGGAUCGCUCGCGGAGUUUGUAUCAAGAAACGCUGUGAGAGACAUAGGCAGUGGGUUAAAGUGCAGCAGCAAGAUAUUCAACACGAGGAGAGAGUUGCAAGGGAGGAGCUGGAAAAAUGUGAGAAGGAUACGAAGGAUGUUAUUGGCCGGAUUGUCUUGCGGGCAUAUGGAGAAUGA